GUAAUUCUAUCCACGUCCUCCUCGAGCAAAUGCCAAAUUGCCAAUGGCCCUGAAGCUGAAGCCUCUAUUCUCAGUCCCAUCUUCAGCUCUCCCCUUCAUUUCCCGGCGACCCACCUCUGCAAUACACCGCAGGCUACCAUCCACAGCCUCGGCGGCGAAGAUGGCUGCUUCUGGGACUGUGAAGGAUUCAUCUCCGGGCACCAAAGUGAUCGACUCGCACCUGCACGUGUGGGCCUCCCCAGAAGAGGCUGCGGAGAAAUAUCCCUACUUUCCUGGGCAGGAACCUACGUUACCUGGGCAUGUCGAUUUUCUUCUGCAGUGCAUGGAAGAAGCGGUUGUAGAUGGAGCCCUCAUUGUUCAACCUAUUAAUCACAAGUUCGACCAUUCUCUAGUGACGAGUGUCUUGAGCAAGUAUCCAACCAAAUUUGUCGGUUGUUGCCUUGCAAAUCCUGCUGAUGAUGGAACCGGUAUUACCGAGUUGGAACGACUUGUUCUAAAGGAUGGUUAUAGCGCCGUGCGAUUCAACCCAUAUCUCUGGCCUAACAAUCAAAAGAUGACCAAUGAAGUUGGAAAGGCAUUGUUCGCUAAGGCAGGGGAACUUGGAGUCCCAGUGGGCUUCAUGUGCAUGAAAGGUCUGAAUUUGCAUAUUUCAGAAAUUGAGCAGUUAUGCACCGAAUUCCCUUCUACAGUUGUGCUGCUCGAUCAUGUAGCUUUCUGCAAACCACCACUAAACAAUGAGGAAAGUCGAACUUUUGCGAGUCUUUUAAACCUAUCGGGGUUCCCACAGGUUUAUGUGAAGUUUAGCGCUCUCUUCAGGGUGUCAAGGAUGCCAUUCCCUUACCAAGACUUAUCCGACACUCUCGCAAAAGUUGUGUCAAGCUUCGGUGCCAGUCGGGUCAUGUGGGGCAGCGACUUCCCAUUUGUUGUCCCCGAAUGCGGCUACAAAGGAGCAAAGGAAGCUGUCGCCCUCAUUGCCGAGCAGGCAUCCUUGUCGUCCGCAGAUCUGGACUGGAUCAUGGGUGGGACAAUUCUGAAACUCUUCCCAGGCCGUUGGCAAUAGAGAUUGAAAAUUAGAGGACAGUUCGAUAUUCCCACAACUUACAUUAGGCAUUACAUCAAGGGAGCGUUGUAUAUAUGAGAGUGAUUCUAUAUAAGAAAAAUAAAGUUAGCAAAUCACUGAAUGCAUCACUUGCUUUAAAAUCA